GUGAACGUCGCGUCGUUGGUUAUUAGCGUUAAUUUUUUUAAUAAUUUUUAACAAAUGUUGUUGCCUGUAGUUGCAACUUUAGAAGAAAUACAGUCAUGGAGUUGUAAAGACUCAUCGUCUAAUGCGUUUUUACUGUUAUGUGGAAUUCGACAAUCAAGUUUUAUAAUAUCUCUAUUGUGUGCAGAAAAACUGUUAAGUUAUACUUUGCCAAUCAGUAAAAUUCUUCAAUCGACUGAUUUGGAUAUUUCGGAGGCUUUAAAUAACGUAGAUAGUGUAAUAUCUGUUCUGCAAAACAUACGAACAAAUGUUGAAAACGAAUUUAAAAUUAUUUUCAACGAAGCUUGCGAAAUUGCUGAUGCCUUAGAAAUAACAAUUGCUAUGCCUAGAUUAACAAAAAAUCAAACCAAACGGUGUAAUGUACCCUCAGAAAAUGAAGAAGAAUAUUAUAAACGUGCCAUUUUCAUUCCAUGGCUAGAUUCCUUUAUUAAUAGUAUAUCUGAACGAUUUUUAAAGCACAAAGAUGUGAUUAAAAGUUUUAAGUGCCUUUUACCAACUGGACAUAUUCCCAAUCAAACAGAAAAAUCACAGUAUUCAAAACUAUUGGAAUUUUACAAAAAUGAUAUACCACAAAAUGGAGUUAAUGCUGCAGCCGCCGAAUUCGAUUUAUGGUACCAAAAAUUCGCACACCAAAAUCAUUCUUUACCACAUAAUGCGAUCGAUGCAUUAAACUUGUGUAAUGAUACUCUAUUUCAAACUAUAUUUAUACUUUUAAAAAUAUUCUCAACAUUGCCUGUUUCAACAAGUACAACGGAAAGAUCAUUUUCUUCUUUAAGAAGAAUAAAAACAUACUUGAGAAAUACAAUGAGUCAGAAUCGACUGAAUGGAUUAGCUAUGCUUCAUAUUCAUAGAGAAAUCGAUGUUCAAACUUCAGAAGUACUAUCAAUACUAGGAAAAAAAGGACCAAGACGACUUAACUUCGUAGUUUAAAAUUAAAAGGUAAAAUGAAUAACUUCACCGUAACGGCACGCGGCGUGACUACUGACUAAAUCAAAACUAUGUAAAAUAUCAUAUUGUUAAUUUCAUAAAAGAAAGUGACGUAAAAAUCGUGCACAAGCACAAGCGUGUUUUCCGAUUUUUGUACAUAUUUAAAAAUAAAUACUGUAACUGUUAAAAGAUAAUUUUAUUUAGCCCCCCCAAAAAAAAAUCCUGGGUGCGCCCCUGGUGAUAGCAGCAUAUUUCUACAACGGGCCUAUUGAUCGAACCCUUCACGCGGCGAGCGUUCGACCAGAGUACACAAUUUGAUUUGCCAUUUACGAUACGCUACGUGAUUCACGCUAACAUUAACGUACCAUAAGCGAUCGAUCGCCAAGAAGUAAACGUGACGUACAGGAAAAUAUCGUUCAUCGGAUGACUUGGAACCUUCGGACCGACGGAUUGUCGCGACUGGUGUCGUCGUGUCUCGGAAAAGGAUAAAAACUUUACGGGCUCGCAUCAAACGGCCGCGGUGUAAUUUCACUUUUUCCUAGAGCAGAGCAGUCGGCGGUUAUUUUUUAAAAUAACAGACCGGGAAAAUCUGAUACACGACCGAACACCAUCACGAGCAACGGAACUGAACUUUGUUAUCGUCCUAAUUUUUCUGACAUAAUAUCUAUGAACUUUUUGAAAACUAAAAAACUAACUCCAUUGCGAUCUCUGAACAUCGGUUUUAAAUCUUGAACUGUUCAAGUGGACAGUCGUUCGCGAAGAAGCUGCCCACCGGGUCAGGCAGUCCCGGAUCUCGGAUUGCCGGCGGCUCAAUCCGACCCUGGGUUCGACGUUGAACGUACAGCCUCGAUUGAACACGGUGAG